CUCUCUCUCUGCUUUUCUGAACUUUUUUAAAUAUAUUAUAAUUUAAGAGUGAAUCUAUUAAUUCUUAAAAUGUGAUUUGCCAAAAUUUUAUAAAUAAAUAAGCAUUUGAAAUAAAAAAAAAGAACGCUGAAAGUUUUCUUACAAGUUAAUUGCUUGUAAGAAAACUUAUAUAUAGAGACAUUAUUCAAGUUAUACAAUAUCAUUUUUUCUUUAUUAAUGUUUUUCACAUAAGUGAUCGCUUCCAGCAUUCUUAAGUUUGUUAAUAAGACUUUCCUGAUCAAUAAUAAUACUCAGUGUUCCUUGCAAGUUGCCUGAAUAAUUGUAAAGUGUUAAACUUUAAUUACAAUAAUGGCUGAGACACAAAGAAUGACCGUGUAUGGAAGGCAUCCUCCAUGUGCAAGUAAUAGCAGAUUGGAUGAGCGCCGAGCUAAGAGAUUGGCAUUGCGACACGAGAGAAAUCGAAAGCCGGAUAAACCAGACGAUUUCGUGUGUUACGAAUCGAGCGACGAUGAAGCAGAGACGGUGACCGAAGGCAAACAAUUCCUGAGAACGUCGUUCAAUUUCGUGGACUACGUGCGCGCACGCGAAACGAAUACGCGCGAAGUGCGAAAGAUUAAUCAGGAAUACGGUUCCCGACAUAUACUAACGCACGAUUUGUUCAAAGAGUACUCAGUCAGCUUGAACAAUAUGAACAAAGUGUUUUGUUCACAAUGGUUGAGUGAUAGACAAGUGGUAUUUGGUACAAAGUGCAAUAAGCUUAUGGUAUAUGACGUUGCUACGCAGAAGCUAGACCAGAUUCCGUCUCUUCACGGAAGACAACUCAGUCCGGGUGGCAAUGUUAUGCCCGAGCAGCAAUGCGGCAUUCAUUCCGUUCAAAUCAAUCCUUCGAGAACUCUUUUAUCUACCGGAGCAAGAAAUAGUAAUGAAAUAGCGAUAUACAGAUUACCGACUCUGGAUCCAGUUUGUGUUGGCGAGACCGGUCACAGAGAUUGGGUGUUUGAUAUGUGUUGGUUAGAUGAUGAAUUUUUAGUAUCAGGCUCUAGGGAUACGAAAAUGGCACUGUGGCGUAUUGACAGUGAUCUCGCUGAAGCUCCUGACAAAGCGGAUGUGCCUACACACAGAUUGAUUCAGCCAGUCUGUGUGAAGGAAUGCAAGUCUGCUCAGAAGGUGCGAGCGCUGGCAUUUAAUAAAGCAUAUAAAGAAAUCGCGGCAUUAACGCUCAAUAGCUUUAUACAUAUCUGGUCGGCCGAAUCCUUCAAACAGAAAAUAUCUAGAAAACUGCCCGCUUGCCAGGAGAACGUUUGUCUCGCCGUACAAGACGAUGGUGUUUAUGCAAUUGGAUGUAGGUCUUAUACUCUUCUUCUGGAUGCACGUACUUUACAGCCAAUUAAAAAGAUACCUUCAAGAUAUAGCGGUUGUGGUAUUAGAUCAGCGAGUUUUCAGGGCUCUGUUUUAACCAUCGGAACUGGUUUAGGAAUGCUUAUGUUCUAUGAUGUUAGAGCUCAGAAAUAUUUAGAAUCUUCUAUAAAUUCGAAUAGAACUGUUGUAUUAAAAGCUUCAAAAGGAUAUGUGUUUCCUGACGAAGAAUAUAUAGAUGGUUUCCAAAAUGUGAAGUAUACACCUGCUAUUUACACCCACUGUUAUGAUGCAUCGGGUACACGGCUAUUUACGGCAGGUGGUCCAUUACCUGCGAAUCUGUAUGGCAACUACGCAGGAUUAUGGCAAUGAAGGUUUAAAAUUAAGAAAAUAAAAAUAGUAAUGAUAGUGAUAAUUACUAACUUAAUCUAUUAGAAUAUAAAUUAUGUAUGUCAUGAAAGGCUUGAUUAUUUGGUAAUUUAGUUAUACGUAUUUAAUAUUUCUUUAAAUUUUUCUCGCAAGGAAGUGCUCGAAAAAAAUGAUAAGCUAUUUCUUUUUUAUUUAUAUUUUCCAGUUAUUCAGGUUUUUUCUUUUUCCAGUACAUCAUUGCGAAAUUCCCAAGAAAGGACAAUAACAUGUUAUAAUAAUUUUAUGAUUAAAUCACGAUUUAGAUCUAAAUGA